AGCACCGGGGCCGGCUGGGGCUGGCGGGCAGGCGGCCGCGCGAGCCAGCGGGGUCGCGGGGUCGGUCUGCAGCUCCCCCUUCCACAGUCAGCCCUCGCCCAUCCCGGCGCUGGGUGCGAGCUUUCAGCCAGGCGGCAUCCCGCCAUCCCCCCUCCCGUGUAGACACCAAAGAGGAGGCGGCUGUGUGGCGGCAGCGGUGGCGGCCCCAGCCAUGCUGUGCUAUGUGACGAGGCCGGACGCGGUGCUGAUGGAGGUGGAGGUGGAGGCGAAAGCCAACGGCGAGGACUGCCUCAACCAGGUGUGCAGGCGACUGGGCAUCAUAGAAGUUGAUUAUUUUGGACUGCAGUUUACCGGUAGCAAAGGUGAAAGUUUAUGGCUAAACCUGAGAAACCGGAUCUCCCAGCAGAUGGAUGGGCUCGCCCCUUACAGGCUUAAACUGAGAGUCAAGUUCUUCGUGGAGCCUCAUCUCAUCUUACAGGAGCAGACUAGGCAUAUCUUCUUCUUGCACAUCAAGGAGGCCCUCUUGGCCGGCCAUCUGCCCUGUUCGCCGGAGCAGGCAGUGGAGCUCUGCGCCCUGCUGGCCCAGACCAAGUUCGGGGACUACAACCAGAACACUGCCAAGUACAAUUACGAGGAGCUAUGCGCCAAGGAGCUCUCCAGCUCGGCCCUGAACAGCAUCGUGGCCAAGCAUAAGGAGCUGGAGGGGACCAGCCAGGCCUCGGCGGAGUACCAGGUUCUGCAGAUCGUGUCCGCCAUGGAGAACUAUGGCAUCGAGUGGCAUUCUGUGAGGGACAGUGAGGGACAGAAGCUCCUCAUUGGGGUGGGCCCCGAAGGCAUCUCCAUCUGCAAAGAAGACUUCAGCCCGAUUAACAGGAUAGCUUAUCCUGUGGUGCAGAUGGCCACGCAGUCAGGAAAGAACGUGUACUUGACGGUCACCAAGGAGUCCGGGAACAGCAUCGUGCUCCUGUUUAAGAUGAUCAGCACGAGGGCGGCCAGCGGGCUCUACCGCGCCAUCACAGAAACGCACGCUUUCUACAGGUGUGACACAGUGACCAGCGCCGUCAUGAUGCAGUACAGUCGCGACCUGAAGGGCCACCUGGCAUCUCUGUUCCUGAAUGAGAACAUCAACCUGGGCAAGAAGUACGUCUUCGAUAUCAGAAGAACGUCCAAGGAGGUGUACGACCACGCCAGGAGGGCCCUGUACAACGCGGGCGUUGUGGACCUCAUGUCGCGCAGCGACCAGAGCCCUCCCAGCUCCCCGCUCAAGUCCUCCGAGAGCAGCAUGAACUGCAGCAGCUGCGAGGGCCUCAGCUGCCAGCAGACGCGGGCGCUGCAGGAGAAGCUGCGCAAGCUGAAGGAGGCCAUGCUAUGCAUGGUGUGCUGCGAGGAGGAGAUCAACUCCACCUUCUGUCCCUGCGGCCACACCGUGUGCUGCGAGAGCUGCGCCGCCCAGCUGCAGUCCUGCCCGGUCUGCAGGUCCCGUGUGGAACACGUCCAACACGUGUACCUGCCGACCCACACCAGUCUGCUCAAUCUCGCUGUCAUCUGAGCAGGCCUGCGGCACGGACUGGACCUGCCGUGUCUCCGUGUUCUUCACCAUUAGACUCCUAGAGAGAUGGAUCCCCUCCCAUCCAUCUGCCAUGCGACGUGUCAAACACAAAAGUGAAAAAUGAAAAAAGAGACUGUAGCUCCUCACCCAUCCUUGCGUGGAAGCAGCGACCCCAGCGGUGGGACUGGCCCUGGAACAUGGACACCUUUUCCUUGGACUUUGCUUUCUGGGGGAAUCCAACAAAGGAAUAGAUAAAAUCACCUGUAAUGUCAGUGAAGUGGCAAAGUUGUCCCCCACAAACCGCCCCCCCAAAGCAGGGGUGCUCUUUAGGAAAUGAUGGUCUAAGUCUCCUCGGUGUAUCCCAAGGUAAGUUUCCUACCUGCAGCAGAUUUUGUAAGAAUGUGAGUUUUAUGAAAUUUACCUGGUUCUUUUUGUACGGUCACGGAGCUCCAGACAUUUUUUUUUAAUAGGAAAUCUGUUUUUCUUACAUAGUCGCCGUUUUAAUGUCAUUCCUGUUUUUAUAACUCAGUUGAGCAUGCUUAGGAAAGGCAAACGGAUUUUCAGGAUCAAUUUUGAGACUUGUUAAAACCUGAGCACCGUGUUGUUGAAUUCAACCAAACCAUCUGGCUAGGCGAAGGCAGCUAACCAACCUCCCGUGGGCGGCUUCCCACGCUCUGCCCCCAGCCCCAUCCCAAGAGGGGUUCAGCGGCCCAGCCUUUUGAUUAUCAAAUGCUACCACUAGGUUAUCAGAUGCUAUGGAGUAGUCCAGCACUCUGGGAGGCUCCUAAGUUGGUGAAAUACAUUAUUUUAAGAUAGGCGUGGGGGAGCGUUUCCCUUGGCUGGGUGCUGCAGCUUCCCGCCGGUCCUCUGGGCUGUUCUCAGUUUCCCCAGGCCAAGCUGCCUCGCUUGAACUGAACCGUCAAGCCUUAUCGUAGCUGUCUGCAUCCCCUUUUCCCGUUUGUCUAAAGUAUUUUCUUAGGUAAACGCUAUAGUAGUGACUUUGGGUUGUUCCUCGGUCUGUUUUCGAGGAGUUUUGCUUCUUUGGGUUCUCUGCCUUCUUCAAGUCAUUUUCCACUCCCUCUCUGGCAUUUUGAAAGCUGGUCAGCUGGCGGGAUUUCCUCGGCUCUUGGGAGACCCUGACGACCUUACCGGGUGCAAUACUAGCUGAGUUACAGCUAGAAACCUACACUGUCACUUUACUGAGACAUCUGACUAUACUUUCCAUAUUGCCUUAAUGUAGCAGUACUGUGUUUAUGCAUUUGUUUCUUUGCACAGACAUUUUGUCAGAUAUGAAAACUCUACUUUUUUAUGGCGCAUAUUCGCAUAUAAGCCUUUAUUCCAAGAGGUAUUUAUUUUUUCACUUGUAAAAAUGUUUCCACAUAAAGAACUCUGUUAUAUCCUAGAAGACUUCUGUCUUUUAUAUUCAGAAUAAAGACUUUAAAGCAAACAUCA